CUGUCAUGCUGAUUAGCGCACGCGAGCCAGCUACGUACAAGCAUCGAUUGUGCAAUAGAAUACCACGUGUGGAAUCUGCUAAAACAAGAAGCAGAUCUGUUUUUUCUGUGCUACGUUGGCGCAGUUUGUACUCUGAAGAAGUUCCGAGUUAUCAUCGUUUAAACGUUUCUCGAACAGUGGAAUAAUCUCUGCGCGCCUGAAAGCGGCGUCCGAACGAGCAGCAUGCUUGAUCACGAUCAGUGGCCGUUAUCGGGCGACGCACCAAACCUAUCCGGUUUGGCAAAGUUUCAUCUGGCAUCGGGGAGUCAGCAGCAACCUGGCGAUUUCGAUCUUCCGCACUUGGUGCCGAGUACGUCACGCCGUAUUGGUCCGACAUCAACUCCAAUGUGGGAUAACUCUGUACAAGAUGAUCCUGAUGCUGACAUGUUGGAUACUCUAUCUGAUUUAUAUACGUCUGACUCUGUGGAAGCUUCAGAUUUUCGUGAACGAAAGGUCUCAAACCACCUGGCCACAGAAGACCCUGGGUCCAAAUUUGCUUCGUUGCCAUUUAAGUCCUUCACAUCGCUGUCGCACUGUGAAGACUACAAAGCAUGGGAGGCUCCUCCGAAUUCGCCUCGCUCCACAAUAACCCCAGAUGAUAAUUUUGAGUACCAGUCAGGUCUUUCGAAUUGUGCGCUUUCUCCCUUACGCGGAACCGGCUGCCAAUCAAAAGUUCCUGCGCAGUUUUCCCCGUAUGAGGUUAGUCAGCUUGUCGAUCGUUUCCUCGAACAACGCCAAAUUGAGAAAAAUCUUAGGCAGCAGGCCGAAAUAGACCGUCUUGCAAAAUCGCUGGCGAACCUAUUCAUCAUGAACCGUCAAAAAGCUCCGCAGCCAUCUUACGAAAUUUCACCUGGAUCGCUCGAUCUGGCGCUUUUGGAUCGUGUCUUAGAGCUGGGUUUGAUCAAUUACAAGUCGACGCCACAGAGUCUUGCUUUAUCGAGCCUAGCAUCCAUCCAUCUAAGGAAAGCUGUUCGAGGUGGUGCGUGCGAGUUUUUCUUCGGUAAUCGCCUGUCGCCAAACGAACGUGAUAUUAGAGAUCGGCCACGAGAGCAACCACGUAUCACUCCAAAUCCUGAGCUAACGGAGGCUGCUCUGGAACGGAUUGAUCGCGAGGCCAAGCUUCGCCGGAGUGCUGCCAAUCAGCGUGUAGCCACCCGCAGUUGGAGCGGAAACCUCAUUACUGAGAACCACGUUCUGCCUACGUACGCCAAUAAGGUGUUUGUGGGGGGUCUUCCGUACGAUGCAACGACUGAGUCGCUCGAAGAUUUGUUCCGAGGUAAUGGCGUGCUAAGUGUACAGUUCCCGCCACGAGGAAGGGGCCACGCUUAUCUAGUAUUUGAAGAUCACGCCCACGUGAAGUCUUUCCUUGAUGUCUGUCAGAAAGGGCCACCUGGCCAGUUCUUCCAUUACGUGCCAUCGCGACGCGGUAAAGGUCGACUGGCACAAAUCAUUCCUUGGGCUCUAGGAGACAGCGAAUGGAUUUACACACCCGAUAACAUUCAUGCAGACAGUACUUCGGAUGGAAAUGAAAGUCCGAAACAUCUCGAGUCCGGAGAAAGCAGCGCGCCGGUUUUAAGUCCCGGACGCUCCCGAACAGGCGGUAGCCGAAACGGACGCAACAUAUCCCGUAAUAACACGGUCUUCGUGGGCGCUCUUCACGGAGAAAUCACAGCCGAAGGGCUUCAGAGGAUUUUCUCUGAGCUUUUUGGAUCAGUGAUCUAUGUCGGUAUUGAUAGUGACAAAAAUCGUUACCCAAAUGGGUCUGCCCGAGUAACAUUUCGAUCAACAGCGUCUUUUCGCGAGGCUGUUUUGGCCGAAUUUGUGCAAGUUGUGACUCAGCGCUUCACCAAGACGAUUCAACUAGAUGCGUAUAUUGAGGAAGGCUCGUGCUGUAUCAGGGAUUGCGGUGCAUCGACACCUGUGUUCUGCCGACAUCCGUCAUGUUUUCAGUACUAUUGCCCUACUUGUUUUGAGGCACAUCGUCGCGUCGGGCCAAGCGGAAGCGUUGUCAUGCAGGGUCCCGAUUAUCAUGCGCCAGUAAUGCGUAACCGCAGCAACGCUCAGAGCGGAAACAGUCAUUCGGUUAGCCAAUAUCCUCUACACGGCAAUAACGGAUACCACUCGACACAUCAGGACCGACCCAAGGACCGCGGUCAUUUUAGUGAGCGAGCAGACCUGUAUAGCAACAGCAGCAUAAACAGUUGCACUCCACUUGCAAUCGACCAAAUGUCAUUUGCAAAGAAAGACUAAGCAAUAAUGGCUUUUCUUGAUUAUUGAUCAUACUGUGCUGGUUAUCGUAUGUAUUUGAGCGUUUGUUCUACGUGCGUCCACCACUUAGGCAAUGGUUAGACGUUAGGUUCGUUGUGUUAACUUGUUUUUCUUAGUUUGCAUUUUUCCCAGCUUUUUACUAUCAACCAGAACAAAUUGAGUUUUCAUUAAAAAUAUUUAUUUGCUACACAAGAGCUUGCUCUAUUUCCUACCCAGCUGGAGGUUAAGCGCUGGUCAGCGGGAAACAAGUCUUCGGCACGGAGCAAUGAAUCAAUAUAUGAACGACGUUUCACGUCGUUUUUUAAAUUUAUUUAGACAAGAAGUCGACUGGUUGAAAGGUAACAUGCUAUCUAUAUGGUAAUAUAAUGGUAACACUACGACAUAUUUGUAGCCUAUUUGAAGUGCAAAGUUCAAUCCUUGUAGUGGAAUAAACGAACAGAUUACUAAUUUAGCAUUCACCUCAUAUUGUCAGGCGGCGUUGUCCUUUAUUGAACCUUUGUUAUAAAAAUUAUCUUUCUCCUCCGGCACGAAACUAUUCUUGCCCGAUCACAAUAACUAUCACAGACUGAUGGAUAGUAUUCUACUAUUGCAACUAUGUGUAGAGAAGUCAGUACACAAACUAAAUCUACCCUAAGAUAAAAAAAAGAACUAACCAAAUGGCUAAAAAUAUGUAUUGAUUGGAAUGUUUUAGAGUAUGAUAUUUAAAAGUGUUUCAGUAAAUGUGAUGUACGGAAGAAGUUUACCCGUUGUUUGUGACAUGUUUCAUAUAUCAAUAGCGUAUCUUGUAAGUAAAAUUCUUUGUCCUUGUAAUACGGCACAGAGAUAGGACACCACUGUAACCCUACGGAGAUGGAAAAUGUCUUUGCUAGUAAAGGAGUCCUUUGAAUAGUGGAAAUUUCGCAUUAAGCUUGACUAAAGAAGUAGUAAAUACUAAUGUCUCUAUAAUUCAUAUAACGUAAAACUUGAAUGCUUUCGAAUUAUGGAUAUCGAUUUUUAAGCGAAACCAGUAUAUCAGCAAUAAGGAACGAGAUCAUUUUGCAGCGCUGAGCUUCUUUUAAACACAAUUAAGGCCCUAGAGUCCGAAUUAAUUGAGUGUUAAAUGUAGUUGGCCUACAUAUUUAAGGACACAAGGAUGUCAUCCGAUAGUUUUCAAUAUGUUACGUACAGAAUGGGUAAAGCACUCGAAGUGAGUCGGUGUAGUGGUGGAAAACUUGCUUCUAAUUUACGAAUCAUAAUAGUUAAUUUCCUAGACACAGAAAGAGGCAUUUUCACUGAUUUUGCUUCGAAUAGACUCCUGCGCAACAUUAUAUUUAACACCCGAUAUUGACUGUGAUACAUAGGAUAAUGAAAAAUUACCAUAUUUUAAGAAUAGAUAAUUAUGAAAACUAAUUCUUGUACGCAUGUUUAUCGCGUCCGCCAAAUUUACCGAAACAUAAAGAACCUUUAACUAUUGCUUUAAAUUAUUAAAAUUUAAAAACUUUAAACUGUUAAAAAAAAAGUUGAAUAAUUUAGUAACGAGAAUAACGUACACUAAACAAAAUAUGAAUUUAAUGUAUUUAAAACAUUGCUCCCUUAAAGUAGCUUUUCUUAUUUUUCACUUCCGCUUCCGUGUGCCCCUGUCCAUCCCCCUGCAUUAUAGACUACGCGUUAUUACGUGUGAUCUCUUCGUAAUGCAUUAACUUUGUAACUAUCUAUAUUUUGAUUUAUACUUUUUGCAACGUUUGCAGAGAAAGGGCAGUACAAAGUUGCAAAAAAUGAGCGUAUUUAUUCGAGGCACUCAAAAAUCAGAGGAACAAUUUCUGAUGCAACAGUGUCAGAGCACUUAAUCACUUUACGGUGCAAUAAUGUGGGUGCGAAAUUUGGUGCAUGGAUUACCAGUUCGCUAUGUUACGUAAUUCUUCUAGUACAUCGACAUUGUUGACAUUCUGACAAAGUUAUUUCCUGGAGCCAUACACAACUUAGAACUCAAAGCCUACUUCCGCGAAUAUAGGUAGCACCUCGUAGCAGCUAAAUGUACAAGUGAGCAAUGUUCAAGAUAUUGCAACAACGUGUGAGUAGUCCAUGUGCGUAGCAGAUAUACCACCUUAGAUAUGUUUUUUCCGAGUAUUUAGUUUAAUACUAUACUUUACUUAUUUCAAUAAAAUUAGAUUAUGUAGAUCAUCAUUAUCAAUAUGUUUACCGGUACACGGUGGACAGACAUAUGUAUGGUAUUAAUGAAGACGACUUAACUGAGAUAGACGUUUAUAUAUUUAUUUGUAAUCAAAUAUUGAUGACAUUCGCAUAAUUUGAAAUGUACUGCCUUACACGUUUAAGCUAUUUCUUUUAUUUUUCCUUGAACUGAGUGAUGCACUUCUCGGGUUGCUUACCACAGACUAUUUCCAGAUUUUUUUCCAGCAGUAUAA